AACUAGUCAAACUACCGCAUGCGGUAUCUCUGGCAGUACAACCGUGGAUUGUGGCGAUCUCUUGGCACAGCGAAACGUCGCGAUGAGUUCUGAGAGGGCCUGCCCCCCCCGCGGCGGCGCCGGCAAGGUUAGCGGCCAGCACAGACCACCCCACACAAUAUUCGAUUUCGACAGUCGAGCAUCGUGACCCCGACAAGCCUACGCACGCCCGAUUCAACUCCGCCGACAACAAGUCAAUACUGUCAGUAGCCCUUUUUGCGCAGCUGUUAAAGGAAUCGUCAUAAAAGUAUAAAUUUGGCUGACUUGGAAAUUAGCAAGCGACAAUCCCCCGUCCAAAACCCUCCAACCACACAUCAUGUCUCACGAGUCGGUCUGGUAUUCGCGCCCUAGGACUUACGGCAAGGGCUCCCGCGAGUGCCGCGUCUGCACCCACCCCGCUGGUCUGAUCCGCAAGUACGGCCUCAACAUCUGCCGUCAGUGCUUCCGCGAGAAGAGCUCCGACAUUGGCUUCGUCAAGAUUUUCUCUCUACCGUACGCUUCGGGGGCUGGAGUAGAAGGCGCAUGUGACGACGAUGAUUACCUGACGAUACGAUACAACAAUGUUACCUCGACCCGACCGCCCCACAUGAUCAAGCAAGAGGACGGAUAUGGGUCUGAGAUAAAAGGAAAAGCAAGCUGAGAGAGUGGGCUUUGUAGUCGGGUGGGGAUGGUUCUGCAUGGCGUAUUUCCUCGUACUGUGUUUACGGGCAAUGGGGGAUACCCGGCCUUGCAUGCAAUGAGAAAUCGAUCCUGAAUUCACAAUACCGCUCUUACUUGUGGUGUGAAGACAUGGGUUAUGGAUGUACUAAUAUGACAGAGGGGCGUCUUUCCAAGUUA